GGAAUGCAUGGGGUUGAGAAGUCCGCGGACCAGUGGAUAAUUCACGCUGUCAGGGCCCUGAACCAAGUUCUUCCAGACGGUGACUUCCGUUGAACCCCCUUUUGUACUCACGACAAGAUCAUUGCCAUUACAUUACUGCAUUAUCACCUCAACUCAAAAGGAAGGUCGUCAUCGAUCCUUCCCAAGAUGGCUUGAGGGCUGAAACUUCGGAACGUUACUGUUUCACUCUUUAUUACCUGUUCAUCUGAACGCGGUGUAACCCUCUGCGUGGCUCCUUUUUUUUUUUUCCCUUUCUCUCUCUUCCCGUCCUAUUCGGGCAAAGACUUGCGGGGCCACAGGUGAUCAUACUCUCUACAACUGCUCUUCCCUAUAUCUCCAUCUACCUAUCGAUUAAAUCUAUCUCUGUAUCAACGACUUCUCGUACGGUCGGCCUGCGACGACACCCCACAAACGAUGGCGCCCUCCGCACUCGCCUCCCUCAGUACACAACUCCCCUGGAAAGAUGAAAAGCGCACUGGAUCCUCCAGAGGCCUGAACGGCGCCCCCGAAGCCGAAUCGCUCGUCGCAUCUCCCGGCCCCGUCGCUCAAGAUUACGAUCCUACGGUCGGCGCAAAGCCUUAUUCACCCUUUUACCGCCAUGCGACCCCCUCCAUCGCCGCCAUGGAGCGACUCAACGCACCGAACAAAAGCCCCAACAUUCGUACGAGUGACUUGGAAAGUGGAUGGCGACCAUCCGAUGACUCAGCGAAUCGCCGCUCCUCGAAGCUCUGGGCGAACAAGAAAAGACAUUGUGACUGGCUAAGGGGCAUGACGAGGGGUCAGAGAAUCGCGGUGAAGGCGGCGAUUGCCAUCUUGACAUUAGGCACGAUGGUGGGCAUUGCUUUGGGAAUUACAUCUGCUGUUGGGGGAGGGGUGUGGAAGUCGGAUCACCAACAGGGGACGAUCGGAUCUUGAGGGGAAGUGGGGGGUGCCGCUGGCGAUAUGCCAGUAAUUGCGUGCGGAUUCCACAAUACGUUAAACUUGCUCCCCAGGACU